GCUGCCAUCCCAUCAACACUUCCAUCUCCUCUUGAUACCUGAUUUCAGAAUGAUCACUGUCUGUAAAAUGUAAGAUGUGGCAUUUAUUUUGUUUCUGCAAUUGUCAUGCCUUCCUCGAGUCAGUCACAGUCAAGGUCUCAAUAUCAUGUACCCUCAGAGGUGAAAAGAGGAAGGAUGUCCAAUGUUAUUAUCCUAUUACUAUUUCAGCGUGCCCAAGAUGUCUGCCAUUCUAAACACCUGGGAGCAUUAAACGUUCCAGCAUCCAUCAGAAAUCCCGGAGUGGGACCAGGCCUUGCAUAACUUACAAACCAUUUCUCAGGUGAAUCCAAUAUGCAGUCAAAUCUGAGAGUCAGUGUAGAGCCUAUUUAAAGAGAGAAAAGAACAUGGCACGUUUAGAAAUACAUCCAGUAGUGGUAAAAAUUUAAAUAUACCACUAAGCAUUUCCAGUUAUGAAAGGAAAUCACUUUUGUGAGACAGUUAUGGAAACAGACAGGUGAGGUCACGUUAUCAUGAAAUACAGAUGUUAUUUUGUUCACCCCUUUACAGGCAGUGGAACCUAGGAGCAUGGAGCCUAAGAAUGAGGCAGACUAACAUCUGAACACAACAGCCAACUUCACUCAGAGCAUCAGACAACUUAGACUCUAAGGGUUAAGAAAGGUCUCAUGAGUAAAGUUCUCAUGACUUCCAGCUGUUUACAAUCACAAAGACAAGGCACCUGUGGCAAAAACACGUUUUUUUUCCACAGAGGCAUAUAAACAAGUACAAUAGCCAGUUGUAACGAGUAAUUUAAAGUAAAAUCGCUCCUAUGGGAUACACCUGGGAGGGUCAUGCAAGCACAUUCCAAGAACAAUUCUGUAUUUUGAAGAAACUGAGGUCACAAGACUCUUGUCUUCUUAGAGUUUUCUCACAAGCACUCAGAAUUUUCUUACUGAACUCCAUUCUUGGGCUGUGCUCUCACACUCCACUACCCACACUGGGGUUACAUACUGCUGCACACACUACAAACUGAAGAGCACCGUGAGUUGAAAUGGCAUCUGUUACACCUACCUUCCUGACCAUCAGUCAGGGCAGCAACUCGAUGUCAAAUGAUCAGCAAAGGCCAUGUGGCUACCAGGACUCUCCACAUACCCAGAGAGUAUCCUGCUUCAGAUUGCUUCCUGGCAAAGCAUUGAAACUCAAACUAUAGCUUCUACAGAAUUCGUUUUGCUUUUACACCAUUGUAAGGAAGUUAAAAGAUCCUAAGCUGACCCAGGUCAGUCAGGGAGCUGUCUACAACACAGUCGAAUGAAAUAGCUUUACUUUAGUUUCCGUGGAUCUAAUGUAGAGCAAGAUGUUUCUCAAUAGUUCUCUUGAGAUGGUACUGAGUCCUAUUUCAGACAAAUCCUUUGCUGGUUCUAGGCACAAUAGCACAAUAUUGUGCUAUAUUGGAGAGUAAAUUAGAAAAUCAAAUAAAAUUUUAAAAGAGCCACAUGAGGUAAUAAUGUGUGCCUGAAUUUCCACUAUUUGGGAGACUGAGGCAAAUAGAUGAUAGUUAUAUGAAUUCCAGGACUAGGCUAUACCUGUUUCAAAAAACAAAACAACAAAACCCCAUAAAAGGAAACAAAGAUUGUUGUAUAACAAUAAGAGGUCAAGUAUCAUUUUAAAAAGAUAGAUUAUCCAUACAAUAAUUCUAGAAUAUUUAUUCUCAUCAGCACAUUGAACUUCUCCAGAGAAGACCAUAUCUUACUUAGGGCCCAAAACAAAUCUCAAAUAAUAUAAUUGUAAUUAGAAGUCAACAUGAGCCAGGUGUGGUAAUAUAUACCUGUAGCCCCACCUAUUUGAGAGGCUGAAACAGGAAGACUGAAGACCCAGCCUAAGCAAGAAACUUAGCAAACCUCCAUCUCAAAAGGGAGGCCAUGGCUCAGCAGUUAAAAACGCUGGCUAUUCUUGCACAGGACCUGGGUUCCAUUUCUAGCACCCAAAUGGUGGUUUACAACAACCCAUAACUCCAGUUCCAGAUAUCUAUGUAUAUAUUCAUGUUAUAUGAAUGAAAGAUAUAGAUAUACACAAGGCAAAACACACACAAAGUAAAAAUAACAGUUUUAAAAAAAAGAAAACUGCAAAACCAACAACAUCAGAAAAAAAAUCCUCAAGGUUUUGCAAGCAGAGCUGAGGAGUUUGGACUCCUCAUAUGGGGAAACUAGAAACUUGGAUAAUUAAUUAACAGUGCACUCACCAGGAUGAGCAAAUGAUUGAAAAUUGCAUAACCUUCUUAGUUGUGCAAUACGACUAUGAGAAUAAGACUAUAGAACCCUGGCCACAGCUUCACCCACUUUCUCUCCUUCGUCCAGAAUUCAAGUGACACAGUUUGGUGGUCUUUUGUAUCCUGUUUCUGGUAGGCACAGUGAAGUUCCCAUGCAGUCAUCCCUUAGCCGGGGCAGCUUCCUGGGAACACUAAGGCGUGGUAAGGUGGGACUGAAUCAUCUGUGCUGGGCAUCUGGAUACCCCAGAGAACUGAGCUUCAUCACCUUUGGGAGUUUCCUGGUCCCCUACCUCAUCAUGCUCAUUGUGGAGGGGAUGCCACUCUUGUACCUGGAGCUGGCCGUGGGGCAGCGCAUGCGGCAGGGCAGCAUUGGUGCCUGGAGGACCAUCAGCCCCUACCUUAGUGGUGUCGGCAUUGCUAGCUUGGUGGUCUCCGUUUUGGUCUCUGUGUACUACAAUGUCAUCAACACCUGGGCUAUCUGGUACCUCUUCCACUCCUUCCAGGAUCCCCUGCCGUGGUCUGUCUGCCCACUGAAUAGUAACCGAACGGGCUAUGAUGAAGAGUGUGAGAAGGCUUCGUCAACACAGUACUUCUGGUACAGGAAAACACUCAACAUCUCACCGUCCAUCCAGGAGAAUGGAGGAGUGCAGUGGGAGCCAGCCCUGUGCCUCACCCUGGCCUGGCUUAUUGUGUAUCUGUGCAUCCUGCGGGGCACUGAGUCAACUGGCAAGGUGGUCUAUUUCACCGCAUCAAUGCCUUACUUUGUGCUCAUCAUCUACCUGGUCCGGGGCCUCACACUUCAUGGAGCAACCAAUGGCCUGACAUACAUGUUCACACCCAAGAUUGAGCAGCUAGCCAACCCCAAGGCCUGGAUCAAUGCAGCCACGCAGAUCUUCUUCUCACUGGGCUUAGGGUGUGGUGGCCUGAUCGCUUUUGCCAGCUACAAUGAACCCUCCAACGACUGCCAGAAGCAUGCUGUCAUUGUGUCUGUCAUCAAUAGUACUACUGCCAUAUUUUCCAGCAUUGUCACCUUCUCCAUCUAUGGCUUCAAAGCUACCUUCAACUAUGAAAACUGCUUAAACAAGGUGAUUCUGCUGCUGACCAAUUCUUUUGACCUUGAAGAUGGCUUUCUGACAGCCAGCAACCUGGAGGAGGUGAAGGACUACCUGGCAUCUACUUACCCAAACAAGUACAGUGAAGUGUUCCCACACAUUAGAAACUGCAGCUUGGAAUCAGAGCUGAACACGGCUGUCCAGGGCACAGGCCUGGCCUUCAUCGUCUACACUGAGGCCAUUAAAAACAUGGAAGUGUCCCAGCUCUGGUCAGUGCUCUACUUCUUCAUGCUGCUAACACUGGGUAUGGGAAGCAUGGUAGGGACAGGAACAGCCAUCCUCACCCCUCUGACUGACAGCAAGGUCAUCUCCAGCUACCUGCCCAAGGAGGCCAUUUCAGGUCUGGUGUGCCUCAUCAACUGUGCUGUUGGCAUGGUGUUCACCAUGGAGGCUGGGAACUACUGGUUUGACAUAUUCAAUGACUAUGCAGCCACGCUGUCUCUGCUGCUCAUUGUGCUGGUGGAGACUAUAGCUGUGUGCUACGUGUAUGGGCUGAGGAGAUUUGAAAGUGAUCUUCGGGCCAUGACUGGCCGGCCCCUCAACUGGUACUGGAAGACCAUGUGGGUGUUUGUGAGCCCACUGAUCAUCAUCGGCCUCUUUAUAUUCUACCUGAGUGACUACAUCCUCACGGGAACGCUGCAGUACCAAGCCUGGGAUGCUACUCAGGGCCAUGUGGUGAUUAAGGAUUACCCUACAUAUGCACUCGCUGUCAUUGGGCUUCUGGUAGCCUCCUCUACUAUGUGCAUCCCUCUGGUAGCCCUGGGGACUUUUGUCACACGCCACCUCAAGAGCAGAGAACAGUUUCCCGAGGCCUGAGAACUAGAAGUCCCACAGACCACCUAAGUUUCACAGCUACUCUCUCUCUCUAUGUAUUCAGCAGUGGAAGUGCUACAGCCCUCUUUUAAAGCCACAAGUAUUUUCUGCUCCCUGAAUUUAUAAAACAAAAAAAUUAAUUCUCUAUAUUGUAGCUUGACAGAAUCCUAACUCACACUUAGGUUUUUACUUUUGUUUUUGUUUUCAAGACAAGGUUUCUGUGUACCCCUGGCUGUCCUGGAACUCGCUCUGUACGAACAAAUCUACCUGUGUCCCGAGUACUAGGAAUAAAGAUUUGUGCAACUUUUACUCUUUCUCUUCCAUAAUGUAUACUUUUGUUGCUAGAAUCUAUAUAUUUAGCUCAAAAGAGAUACAAUUUUUGAUCAUUUUGACCUUUAGCUCUCAUUCUUUACAUACUGCCAUUAGAGUCAGAUUCACCUGUAACUUUGGGGCACAGUCUUGGUAUAUAUGGACCCCAGGUUGGGCUAGAAUCUAUGAUCAUCUAGCUACAGGCUCCCCAUACUGGCAUAACAGGUCAUAUGCCACCAGGCCAGGCAUAUACCUUUUAGAACAGUAAUUAUCCUUUUGUUUCUGUUUGAACCGUGCCUUUGCAGAGAGGGUAAGUAGGGAGAGAACAGGUGAAGCCAGCCUGGGUUCAAACACACAAUCCUCUUACUUCACCCCUCCAGUGCUGGGAUUACAGGCACAGGCCACCACCCCACACCUUUCAGUAUUUCUUGAAGGGUAUUUUAACGAUAAAUUUUCUCAGCUUUUUCUUGUCUAGCAAAGGUGGUUUUCAUUCUUGACUGGCAGGUUUCUUUCUUGUAGCAGUUUGUACUGAUAAAUCCAUUUAUUAUAAUCUAAUGAUAUCCCUUUAUAUGUGACUAGACUCUUGCUCCUUGGUGGUAGAGAAGGGGGAAAUGAGCUGUAGAUCAAACUAUACAAAAUAAGAAAUAUAGGAUGAAAACCUGAAGUGCUAUAUGCACCACAACAAUGACUGUAUUAAGAUUUUUUUUUUUUUUUUUUUUUUUACUAAAUCUGAUUUUACUGUUAACAAAAACUGUGGGAUGAUGCAUUAAUCUGUUCUGGUGUACUACACAUUUACUAUGCAUCCUCUCAUACUAUGUUGUGAACCUCAAAUACAAUCCAUUUCAUUAAAAAUCAGGUGUGAGGACCUUCCUCCCAGACCCAACCCUGAGGGUCAUGUGGCAAACCAGCAAAAUCUUUGUCCAGUCACACUCCUUCCCUCCUGAGCUUAUCUGUUGUGAAGUAUUAAAUCAUCUCACCUUUGUCCUGGUUAAGUUCCGCAUCCUCCAAGAAGCACCAAUCACCUCCCCUCGAGCUCCCUGAUCUUUCUAUUGGCCACAGAGAGCUCUUCCUGUACCCCCCAAAAGGUCCCUACCUCCUGGUCAGCGCUGAUGCUUUUUCUCUCUCUUCCCCUUGAAUGAGCUUCAGCCACUGACUUCUAGUGCAAAGGACACGGUCAAAGUGAUACAGAUUCAAUAUUGCUGGCUGUGACAAAACUGUCUGAAGAGAAUUAAUGGCUUCCAGGCCAGCGUCAGCAGAGAUGGCCAACCCAACAAGUUGGGAGGAACUGAAUCUUGUCCUUAGUGACCGUCAUCUCGAAAAAGGAUGGUGCCUGCUUCCAGUAGAAUCUUAACUGUGCCUUGGAGAAUGCUCUGAACCAGAGAAACAAAUACAAGCAAACACAGACAGCUUCAAGUUGCUAAGUGUGGAAAGAACUUGUUACAGUGACUGGUUAACAGAGUGAGGCCACUCAGAGCUGGUCUACUCUCACAGUGAACAAACAAUACAUUCAAAUUACCGAACACAUUUUACUGAAGUUCCUCCACUAGGAACCCAGAGAAAUGAAAUGUGGAAAUUAAUCUUUAAAGCAUACACAUGCACAAGUAAAUAUGAAAACACUGUACUUAUGCACAAAGCACACACACACGCAUGUACUAUGUAAACAUAUGUAUAUUUUGUGUAUGAAACUUGGAUGCUAUUAUCAAGGAACUUCAUCUCACUUUGCACAUAGGCAAGGGUUUCCUGCCACGAGCUGUUUACUCAGUACGUCACUCAGGCUCACUGACACCUUUCCAUGUUUUCUAUGAAAACGUUUGAGACAGAAUCUCAUGUAGAAUAAACUGGCUUCAAACUCUCUAUGGAGCUGAGGAUGACCUUGAGUUGAUUUUCCUCCUACCUCCCAAGGUGUGGGCUGCCAUGCUGAAUUUACAGAGUGCUGGGGAUCAUGCCUGGGUUUGGCGCAUGCCUGGUAAGUGGUCUAACAGUGCUGCAUCCUCAGCCCUGGCAGUACUCAGUCAUGAGCUGCAAUCUCUAUCACUUAUCCACCCAUACUUCCUUACCACCCUGCAACCUAUAUCACUGUGAAAUUAUAAGUGGAAGUACAGAUACUUUUAUGGAUAUUAAACAUCACUAAAUGUUGCCCUAGCCUUAUCUAUAAAAAACAAAGCUAUAAAAAAUGUAUAAGGCAAUUGCUGGAAAACAGUUUAGAAGCGAUUGAUCUUGUUUACUUAGUGACUAGUAUUUCUAUAAUGAUCAAACAUUGCUUUAAGAUUAAAAAAAUAUCCAUGAUAAAAACAGAAACAAUACUAACAGUGGUUAGAAAAGAAUAUGGCAUUUUAUUUUUGCAUAUGGAUGUACAGUAAAUGAGUUAAACAAGAUCACUGCAGGGCUCUCAAACACUGAUCACUUGCAGCCUAACCCUCUGACAUUACUCCUUGCAAAGCAGCCACACUACUGGUUCCACGUGGUGUUGGCAUGAAGUGCUCACUGUAAAAUGCCCAGCAGCUUCUGAAUAGCACAUCACAGCAGACGUGGCUUCAUGUUUCAUCUUGGAACAAACUGCUUACACGUGUCAGAGCAGGCGGCUCUAUUUACUACCCUAUAGUGAGCUUUAAUGACUGAUUUUAAACUACACAGGAUUUUCCCAGAGUUUCUAAAAGCAAUAACUUAUUGUUUAUAAAAGAUAAUGUUGAAAAAAAGGUAAUGUUAAAGGCGCUUUUAGAAAUAUUUAACAUAAGGUACUAUUAGAAAAAAAAACCACAUAUUUUAAAGCAAAACACUGAUAUAGCAUAGCAGUGUUUAACUGAAUUGUUCUAAGAUAGCGCAGUGAUACUACCUUAUACACUGUUCUAAUAUCUAAACCUCAUAAUUACAAUUUUAAUAUAUAACCUGUCUCACAACUAUGCACAGCUCUGAAGCGUGGUUUUCAGUCUGUUUAUGCAUAAAUUAAAGUUGGUCCUUGAUUUGGAGAACUAUGGCUACCUGGAAGCACUAAAUUUCAGACACUUAUUGACAGUGAAUACAAACCUUGUCAGGGUGAUAAAGCCAGAGUGCCAUGCAGGAAAAGCAACUGCUACCCCAAGUGUGAAUCAAGUCUAGCACAAGACCUUCUCUGAGGUCUGCAUGUCUCAAUGAGCAACCAAUAAUAAAAUCCUACAAGAUAUGAGAAGCAGCAGCUGGCAGUCUAGUGUAUUUUCCACAAUGAAGCAGUUCUUAAAAAGAGGUGACUUUGGACCUUUAGCAUAAGAGACAGACUUUACAUUCUUUGAUUUCAUUUAUACCAUUUAAAAAAGAUAAAAUAUAUCUGAACUUUUCAUGACAUUUAAGCUGCUAGCAGCUCAAGCAAUUUCAAAUGACUCUAGAUCCCAUUCUCCUCUCCCUCACUGUGAAAUCACAGCUUAGCAAACUGCCUGACCUUUAAGAGACAUUCUCUAAGCAUAGUAGAAUUAGCAUAUUAUUAAACUCUUAAGAAAAGCCCAAAGAUACAUGGAAAAAAUGCUUGCUAACAGUGACUGCUUUACAAUGGCAAUAAUGAAACAGAGCUAGAAAAAUAAUUUUGUUUUAAAUAAUGAAAGAAGUUAAAUUUUUUAAAAUAUAUUACUUAUCUGUGAACUUCUGACUUGACAGUGAAUAGAUUUCUUCUGUUCUGUGAGCUGAAUUUAAGCUACAUUUUAAUUAUACUAUAGCUUCAAA